AGUGGGGUAUAAAAUGACAACAUUUUCAUGUAGCUGCAAUAGUUGGUGCCGUGCAUUACCGCAAGUGGGCUGAUGAAUGUCCCGGCCGUGCAGGGGUCCUUCACGCGGCGGCGGCGGCCUCCUUGGCGCCCAUAGGAAGAACACGUCCUCCGUGCCCCGCCCGUGGCUUCAGAUCCUUUCACCCUGACAAGUUAUCACUCCCUUAACUUCUUCGUUCCCUUAAAUUAAUACCACAAAUAAGGCGGAAUGGCAGCCGUGCCAGGUUUGGCUCGCCUCAAGGCCCACCUCUCCCCUCCUGGCACAUCGAGCCUGGCAUCGCGCGCCAGGAACUCAGUUGUCGAGUAGAGCUGUGAGUGGAGGCACGGGUCAGCCGUCGCCCCCGCCGCCCCUGCUAGCCUCAGACGGGCGCUACAUCGCUGCAACACUUGUGUAUGCGUGUCUUUGGUGUGUUCAAAAUUAAAUUACUUUUGUGGUAAAAAGAAAAAAAAACUGCCUCGUUUUCUAUCAUUAAAAAGUCAUCGAAAAAAAGUUUAUUUAUUCUUGAUUUUCUCACAUCCUUUGAUUAAAACCAAUUUACUUAAACACUAAAUAUAUACAAAUGUGCAGCGACCGCUGAGCUCUGGAGGAAAGCCAACGCGGGGUUCGAAGCCGAGGGCUCACUCCCUGCAACCUUUGAAGUUCCUUACUCACUUACCCCUCGUGAAUUGAAUUGAUUGAUUGCAUAAAGAAGCAUCAAAAGUGCAGAGGAUGUAUCGUUGUGUAUGAACAAUGUGUUGAUAAUAAUUCACGUAUGAAAGUGACUUGCUCUCGCCCUGAAGCUGCAGGAGGGUUUUACAAGUCGUACCUAUAAGGGACCCAGACCGGGCGGAUCGCGCACAAUUGACGGGAGGGAAGCCUGUGGGUGUUAAAACAUUGUUAUCAUCUGGAUGAGCUGCAGAUCCCUACUGAAGGGAACUCUCAUAAAAUGGAGAAGCUAAGAAACAUUAAAAACCGCCUAAGUAUAUCAGUUGAUAAGCUUUCGCCAUCACGAAGAUCAAAGUCUCAACAGCGAAAGAGUGAGCCGCUCGGGAACGUUCCAGCCUCAAUGGGGGACAUUCCAGGGUCUGUCCGAACCUCGAGGGUGGACGACAGACCCAGCAGUGCCUUCGAAGUAAGCAGCAGCGCAGAGUCGAGAUCCCGUCCCAGUAGCUACUGCGAAGUCGAUAUGGACGAGAGUCUUUCCGAAGAAUGGCUGGCGGUUGAGGACAUUCCUACAUCGGCAUCAGAAUCCCAAAGUCCCCCAGAAGUAGAAGAUUCGUCACGUCUCACUGUUGACCAUAAGCCCCUUAAGCGUUCAACCCCAACAAUACACGGAGACAGUCUUAUGUCGGAAGUGAUGAAAGAAGUCGAAAAAAUAAGUGAAAUGAGUGAAAAUAUGAAAACUGAGCGACCGAAAACUGAUGCAUCAGUAGAGGAAAGCGCCACUUCCACAGACGGCACUCAGCAGGAGGCGGAGGCGAGGGCCGGGAGUGCUAAGUUGGCGCUGUGUGAUCCAGGACUAAGCACAAGUGAGGAGACGCUUGUGGCGGCUGAGGAGGUGAUGCAGACUGAAGACACUCGAAGGACGACGCAAGGUGGACUGUUAGACCUUCCCUCCGCGUGCAGAACAGAAAGCUUGACUUCAGGGUACUUCUCUGACUCUGACGUGACACUGUCGGAUGGCAGAUGUGACAGUAGCUCUCUUCAGUCACCUCUAAGGUUAGCAGAAAAUGCAAAACAAAACAAAUCUGCCUUUACAUCGGUGAUUUCAGAGUCCCAAAGUAAGUCUGCGUUUAGUAGUCUCAAAUGCGAUUCUUCAGAGUAUGGAAAAUCCUCAUCAAAAACCGAAGAUAAAAAUAUAAACUCCAGAAGUUCAGCUUUCACACAUGUUACAUCGGAAGAACGAACGGUCACCGCAUAUUCCACGACCACAACCAUGGAGGAAACAAAGCCCACUGAAUCAGAAACUUCUACGAAAAUCACAGAGAAAAAGACUGCUCCCAAGAAAGAGAGUCUGUACAGCAGGAUCAAGAAAAAAAUGGAUCCAUCCAAAGAACCGAUAUACGCCAAGAUCAAGCCCAAACUUACGUCAGAGACUAGUUUUCAGCCAAUCGAGCCCAGCUCAGUCAAGAACACCUGGCACGGUAGCGGGGCCAGCGGGGUGGUGAAGCCGGAGCCCGUGUACGGCCCAGCUGCCCCCCUUACUGCCGCCGCUCCCGCCUCCCCCGCCGCGUCACCCGCCGCAUACACCCCAACACAGGUAGAGUCGUCCACCCCCGACAAAAAAGACGGGCCCAUUUACAGCAAAGUCAAGCCAAGGGAGUCUCGCAGCAACACUUUGCCGCGAGAGGCGUUGUACAGUACAGUUAAGAAGAAUACCGCAAGUUUGCCAAAAGAAUUUUCGCAAACAAAGGAAAAGGAACACAUAUACAACACCCCCUUGCCGCCGACGCCCAGAGAGGAGGCCCUGCUGAGGCGAGAAUCCUUCUACAGUAAUGCGUCGUCAGAGUACGGCAAAGUAACAGUUCGGGUUGGAGAAAUAACCCCGAAAGUUCCCGCCAUCAUCACUAUCCACAACCCAGGCUACGCAGCACCCUCAGUCUCUACCCUAAAGACCUCGCCAGCACCUGUCUCUAGUCCUGAGUCCCCGGCUUCAAGCACUGUGCCGUCCUUCUCUAGUUCAAAGAUCUCCUCGGAUCCUGCAGUAGCUACGUCGCAAAGUGAAACGGAGGACAAAAGUGAGUGUGUCCCCAAAACGCCGACGUCCCGGUCCUCUGAUCAGCGAAAUAUUCAAAACGGCGACCUCGAACGCGAUGAUCGUGCCAGACUUAAUCAGCUGGUGGAGGAGCUGGCCCAGGAGCUGGAAGCCGUCACCAUGAAGUAUGACCCUGACGCGGCAGCAGACUACAAGUCAAAGAAGGAAAUCCUAGCGAAACUCUUAUCGACGUAUGAUGUACCGAAGAACUUGCGGCGAGUGGAGGAAGUGGACGAGGAGGCGGCACUGGAGACCGAGCAGGCGCUUGUGCCAGCCUCCAUUAGCAUGGACGAGCUGCGUUACGUAGAUGACAACGAAGAUAACGCCGAGACAGUGUACGCCGACGUGCCGGAUUAUUCGCAGGAUGAGUUUAUGAUCGCUCUUGAUGACGAGAACGACCCUCGGUACGCCUCGCUUACGCGCGCCAUCAGGCAACAAAAGGCCGGCGGGGAGUCUCCGGGGAAGGUCAGCAAGAAGUCUGCGACGAUGUACGCCAACGCUCUCAACGUGGUCACUGCCCUCAAAGUGCUGAUCAACUCCAAGUCGACACGGGCAGCCUCCGUCAUCAACAAGAUGGGCACCCUGGCGCGGCCCUACACCCACCGCGUGCAAGGAACGAUCACCGACACCUCAUGGAUCCAGCGAGUCAUCUACCACAAAUCGGGUAACAAUGGCUUCGACGAGCUGCGGCGCUACAUCAAGUCAGGCGGCGAGUUCUGCAAGGAGCUGGCGGCCAUCAUGCACGAGAGGGCGGAGCUCGAGGCCUCGUACGCCAAGGGCCUGUACAAGCUGUCCAGCAAGCUGAUGAAGGCCUCCAAGGAAAACUCGGGCACCGUGACGCAGGCCUGGCAGAUGGUGGGCGUCGAGAUGGAGCAGCAAGGGGACGUGCACCGAACCAUUGGAUCAGCAAUCGGAGAUGAUGUGGUGCGGCCGUUGCGUCAGUUGAUAGAGACACAACACAAAAUUCGUAAAGGAGUGGAAAGUAUGGUGGACAAGACAACAAAAAAUCUACAUGACUGGCGAGCAGCGGAGAGCAAGGCAAAAAAGCAAGGUUAUGGCAAUUGUCGGGAAAAUGAAAAAAUUCAAGACAUGAUGCUGGAAGCUCGUCUGGGACGGGGCAAGACUCUCACUGAUAAAGAAACAAUUAAAAUGGAAAAGCAGCGACGGAAAGCUGAGGAAGCUGUACAGAAGAGUGACCUGGAGUACUACACUUGUUGUACCCGUGCUGAGAGAGCCAGGUUGGAAUGGGAGUCUGCAGUGUACAAAGGCAGCAGCUGUUUCCAGACACUGGAGGAGGAGCGCUUGCAGGCGCUCAGGGACCUGGUUGUCAAGUACCACAAUAAUUCUGUGGAGUCUGCACCGAAGAUAGUUGCGAUUGUGGAUAGACUUGAUGAACCCGUGAAAGCAUGUGAUGUGGAGAAGGAUAUCCAAGCAGUUAUCACAGCCAAGGGAACUGGAGAAAAUCUUCCAGAGCAGAUGCUUCCAGACUUUUAUGCUGAAGAUAUGAACAACAUAAUGAACAGAGACAGGAGAAGAGAGGCACUGGAAAAGUUUCUCAAGAUGGUGAGAACAGACUUGGAACGGGAAAGAAGGGGGAAGCAAGGGGUGGAGAACCUAGCCAAGGCGUUGCAGGAGACUCCAACAUUUGGUGGUGAAGAAUCACAACAAGAUGUGAAUGACAAACUGCAGCAUGAUGCCCACAACAGACUGCAACAUAUGAAGGCCAUGCUUGCCUAUCUGGAGGCUGCCCGCUAUAAAAUUCAGUGUUCAUUAGAUGAUCUUAACAACAGACCCAAGACAGUCCACCCACUGGCCAAGCACAUCGAGGUUCAUCGAGAUAAACAAGGACUCACGUGCUCAGUGCUUAAGGUGCCACCUUGGGUCAGAGGCAACAGUGUGGAUGUCUCCCCAGCCAGCAACUCCCCCACUGGAUCUCCCAACUGGAAUGACCGAGGUACUGCUGACGGCAACUCUGUGCAACCAGACUCAGAUUUUGAUGAAUUCAGCUCUCAAGGCUCAGACCGAGACUAUCAGGCCACCAUCAGUGAAGAGAAUAUUGAUUCUGGCCCCAAAGAUGGAUCAUAUUAUGCCCACCCCCUCCCUGCUGCUACGACAGGCAGCAGAUGCAAGGCACUCUAUGACUAUGAAGCCAACAUGUAUGAUGAGCUCACAAUCAGAACAGGUGACAUAAUCAAUAUCCAUGAGAAGCAAGCUGAUGGAUGGUGGGUGGGUGAGCUGGAUAAUGUUGUCGGCAUCUUCCCAGCAACUUAUGUAGAAGAGAUCGACUGAGCCUGUCCUGCCAGAAGCAUUUGACCGAUGCUUCCAAGACUCAUAGAGUAGCCAUGCGAGUGGGAGUUGUUCUUCACUUACUGUACUUGUUAUUACCUUGUAUAUUCUCUUACCAUUUCAUAGCACACACCUAGGCAUGUUUGUGAGUUGCUGUACAUAUGGAAGGUUUUAACAAACAAGCAUCUUAAUACAUUUUUUACUUCCUCUAAUGGCUCAUUAAUGGUGGAAUUUUCUUUGGUUCCAGUACUGUGCAAGAGCAUACACAACUUUUUUGUAAAACUAAGCUAGUCAUUGAGAUUCAUAAAAUACAAAAGUAAAUGCUGGGGUUAGAUCUGCCUGGUUUUACAUGUAAAUAAUUCAUAGAAGAAAUAAUAUUUAUGAUUUUUUUUUAUUUGGAUAUAUCAUAAAAUCAAUAUAUUUUCAGGCCAUAGCAUAAACAAUAUCUAUAUGAUUCACAAUUUUGGGCUUAUAAUUUUUUUUUUGCUGCCUACAGCCUUGUAACAUUUGAAAAAAUUGUGUGAAUGAAGUGGAAUUUUCUUGAAACAAAGUAAUGAUCUAUAUAUACUGUGCAGGUUUUCCAAAGUCUUAUAAAAAAAUAUUAUUAUGAACUUAUUGGCAAUCAAGUUUAUCCCAAGCAGUUAUGACUAUGACUACAUAUUAAAUGUUUUCACCUCAUUUUCUUUGGAGAGCUGGAAAUACUAGGUUUUAUUCAGGAGAGACUCUGUGAUUGAUUACACACUUCAUGAAACAUUAUUUAUAUAUUUUCUGUGCCAUUGUGAUUGACUUCUUCACGUUCAGCUGUGUAAAUAUUUUUUUUUUAAUCCAGUUUGGCUGGCUAUGGUUUAUAUGAGAAUAUUUUCACAUACCUUUGAGACCAAGGUGACUCAUUCCCCCUGAAUGGAGAUUGUUUCAGGGCCAGUAUUAAGGAGACAGACUAAGCACCCACUUGAUGUGUUGUAAAAGCAUUAGAUCCUGAUAAUAUCAAUUGUAAACCUUUAAAUAAAAAAAAUAUAUAAAAAUUCCACAUCAUGAACACUUCAAAAAGCUGCUUCUGUCCCAUUCUCCCUUUGGUCUUGGUCACAGAGGUUAUCCAGCCUACAAAGAAAAAAAUGUAUGAAUGUGAUACCAAGAGGUGAUGCCUAUGGCAAAUGCAAUGCUCAUUAUCAUGUGCUGUCAUGGUUUAGAUGCAACCAGUUAAACCAUGAGAGUACUCACGAUGCAUUUAAUGAUAUGUAUUUAAAUAACAAUGUAAUUUCAAAUUGUCUCCAAUAUAUUUUGUGCCUCUCA